CAUACACAAUAUAUAUAUAUAUACAAACACAUUUAUCUGUAUAUAAACGUCAUCACCGCCCCAUUUUCUGCCAAAAUAUUUAUGGCCACCACCUCUUCUCCACCACUCCUCACCACCGGUACCACCACCACCUCCCCCACCGCCGCUUUUUUCAACAAUGGCGCCACCGCCGCCGCCGCUUCUUCAAAUAACAUCAUAUCUCCCCCUUCAUCUUCAUCAUCAUCAUCAUCAUCAACUUCUAUUUCAACAUCUAUAAUCAUAGUUAUAAUUGUCAUCGCAUCCGCCAUAAUUAUAUCAGCUUCUAUUUACCUCAUUUUACGUUUCUUCUCUCGUCGUUGCAACCGCCGGUCCGCUGUACGGUCUAUUUCAUUUUCAUCAGAAAAUAAUACAAAUAUAGAAAGUCAACCCAACGACGACCAAAACCAUCACGUUAUUUAUUUUGACAACAAUAAUAACAAUAAUAGUAAUAAAAUACAGUCUUUGCUUCCAAUGUUUACUUUUUCUUCGUUGACUGGAAAUAUUGCUGGUGGAGAUUGUGCUGUUUGUUUGUCGAAAUUUGAGUCGGUGGAUCAGUUGAGAUUAUUGCCGUUAUGUUGUCAUGCUUUUCAUACGGAAUGUAUUGAUGUUUGGCUCAAAUCGAACCAAACAUGUCCGCUUUGUAGGUCGAGUGUUAACCCGAGUGAAGCGGACGUGUUUAAUAAAAUUCGUUCUGUUUCUGCUUCUCGCGGAAACGGAAACAGAAACAGAAAUAAUAAUGGGCAUUUUGGAAAUUCCGAAAAUGGGGGGAAUGUUAGUAAUAGUAAUAAUAAUAAUGAUAAUAGUAACAAUAAUAGCUUCCGAAUUGAGAUCGGAAGCGUGAGUCAAAGACGAACGCCGUCUGAUUCAGGACGGCGUUCGUACAAUAUUGGCUCAUACGAGUACGUGCUGGAACAAAGUUUUCAUGAAAUACCAAUUGAGUCAAUUCAUCGGAGGGAAAUUUCUGGUGAUAAAGACUUAAUUGCCCCGGACCAGCCGGUGGAGAAUUUAGCGGCGGAGGUUGGGGAAAGCGGACGGCGGAAUUGGCUAAGAGAUUAUGUUGAUCGAAUGUCGGUUUCGAUAUCUUCGCGGUCGCAGUCGUUUCGCAGCUCUGGGAGGUUUUUUACCGGAAGUAGUCGCCGGAGUGAAAUGGUAGAUGAUUUUGAAGCUAAUCACAGCAGGGUUGGAGAAGAGAUUAGUGAACUUUUUCGGUGGCUUUCAGGGGUAUAACUGUAAAUUUACAUUAAGUUAAAAAAAAGAAGGAAAGGUAGAGUCAAUACUAAUACUUGUUUUAAUUUAUUUUUAUUUUUCAUUUUUAUUUCCUUUUUUGCUUUUUAUGGAAGCGACAUUUUUUUCUAUUACCACUCAUUAAAUGGUUUAUGGCAGAGUGGAUAGCAAAAGGUGAGAUUUGGAUAUAUAAUUUUGGUAGAUUUUUUAUAUAAAAUUAACAUGGAUGUUUUAUAA